CUGCAAACUGCAGACCAUACCAGGGCAGACUUUUCCCCUGGAUUUGACCCUCUUUCAUUCUGUUCAAACCAGUUGGCGAAAAUGGCUGCCUCCAAACAGAAUGGCCAGCCCACACCGUGUGAGCCUUGUCGCAAAUCCAAAUCUCGAUGCGACUAUGCUACUCCCGUCUGCAAGAAAUGCGCUCGCAAAGGCAAGUCGGGCGUCUGCGUGUACAAUGCUGCGCAGGCGACUCAGUCGUGGUACUCCUCAAAUGAUGUGACUGCGGCUUCCCCUCCACAGACCAACUCGGACCUCCUUCUGGAAGAUAAAUUAUCGCAACUCCCGCCGCGCGGAUCUCUAGGGCUAACAAGCUACUCGGGCGUCUUCAGCGAAAAUAAUGAAGACGACCUGGGCGGAUUUUUGCGCAAUGGCGCCACAAAUGGAUUUCGAUCUGCCCCAGUCGCAAUUACUCCAAAGCAGACUGAUCUGGGUACUCAGUUGUUGGUUUUGUUGUUUGAAAAUGCCCCAGUUCUUGAGAGAGCAAUCGAGAGUUUCCGCGAGAUAUCGCCAGAGUCGUGUAUUCUCGAUUACCGUCUCAUACGAACCAUGCUCAUGUCCGUCAAGAACAUGUAUGAUGCUUGCACGAGAGACGCAAAGGAUACAAAUGAUGUCUAUUCGAACAUGCGUGGCUGGUCCCAGAAACUUUUUGACAACGGCUCCAAGCCUGUCGGCGUCAACUCAUCCAUGACCCCUGAAGAAUACAUCAUCUUUGUAUCAGCCAGAUGGGAGGGCAUAGGACUGCUCUUUUCGGUUCUAGGCCAAGGCGCCAUGCUGUCUAGGUCGAUAUUUGAGUUGGAAGGCAAUUCACCCGGCACCCAAAAAUCUCUUGGAGCUCAAGCUGCUGCUGCAAGCGACACCUGCCUACAAUUUUGCGAUGAUUCUGGAAUCAUCGACGAUUCACUUGGUUGGUUGCUUUUCCAACACAUACAUCUACUGACGUUGGUUUAUGGUGAAAAUGACAAUCGAGCAUGGAGAAAAUUGGCCGAGUUAUCGACAGCAGUAUUUACACUUAACCGCAAUCAGUCGCAGCAGAUCGCGCGAAUCCCAUUCUUCUUGGUCGAGCUUCGAAGACGGCUUAUGGCGGGUGCAUACAGCAUAGAUAAGCAAUUGGCAACGUUUCUGGGAAGACCGCCUCAGAUCAGCUGGAGAUACUACGAUGUACAGCUUCCUCUGGAUCUUGGUGACGACGAACUCCUGGCCGAACCUCAGGUCCGAGAUGCCAUAAUCAGCAAACUUGAUGCGAGCGGAUGGAACACUCAAGGCAUCGUUCGGAAAGCAGUGCAAAUCCGGUUUUCUUUGCUCAUGAGCUCGGUUAGGGAACAGAUUCUUGAAUUGGCCCUGAGCCGUCAUGUCGACAAUCUGCCCCAGAAGGUCAAGGAGGUAUCUCUGAACUCCCACAGAACAUGGGACGAACUUCCCAGCUUUCUUCACUGGCGGCCCGGUGCCGUGGGUACCAAAGGUCAUGGCGACAUCGCCACGUUUUAUCUCACUUUGCUUUACAAUGACUUCCUUCUUUACCGCACCCUUGUCAAACGCGCUCAGAGUGGACAAGAAGGCUUGGUCACUAUCUCCCAGGAUAUCCUGAAUACAGUUCUCGAGCUCAUUUGCAGGGAAAUCGGGUCCGGGACGGGCUCAUCCAAUGUUGGAUGGAAUGCAUCGACGUUUGGCAUACCUGCUGCUGGUGUCCUCGCAAUCGAACUACUCCGCCAAUCGGAAUUUGGAACCCAGCUCCAGUCCAGCGCAUUCCGACGGUCACAGAUCAUUCAAAACCUGAGCGUCUUUGCAUCACACCUGCAAUACGUUGUUCGGCCACAUGAACGCCACUAUGAUUCUUGCCAGCACGCGCGUAAGGUCAUAUGCAACAUCCUCAACCGUGUCUUGUCGGUCAGUGGCUCAGCGCUGCCCUUUUCUUUACCAGCCGGCGUGAUAGCAGCGGAUUGGUUGAAUGGCGAGUCAAUCUUACUAGACGAUGGAACGGAUUUCAUUGAUUGGGUUGACAGUCUCGACAUGAAUGUGGUCUAAUACUUGAUUUUGAUCUGGAUUAAUUAUGCGUUAUGAUUUUAGCUAUGAGAAAUGAUACAAACGACUUUCAGGAUGCUCACAGGGUGAUGUUAUCUAUUGAUAAAGUCAUGGAGAUUACAUAGUCAUAAUAAAAGAAACAUUUAUUAGGGAAAAUUUGCGUUUGGCCAGUUCAUCUUGUUCUUCUUUCCCUGCUGAAGAGGUUGGGCGAGAAGGCUAUCUGAGAAAGUAUGUUUGAUUCACAAAUUUUGUCUAGUCAAUAUGGAUAUUUUGCA